AGCGACCAUCAGGCGAACAAGCGAGAUAUAGUUUUUACUUUACAUGUGAAAGAUGCCAAUUUCAAUAUUCUCAAUUUGCAACAAAAAUUAAAUUAUUUAUGUUAAAACUAUGCGAAAGCAGAAAAUAUGAUUUCGAUAAUGUGUGUGUAUUGAAAAACAACGAUCGCAGUGUGUACCAACAAUUAAUAUAACAAGUGACAAGUAAUCGAAUGUGAAAAAGUGUCUGCUGGUUGCAGAAAAAAAUUUUCCCUCCAAAUAAAUUUUAAGCUUUUUGGUUUUUUGGUUUGAUCAAAAGGCAGGACCUUUCCAAUCCAAAAUGCCUCUGUUCAAAAGGAAACCAUUCGAACGGUUACCGCCGCCGGAGGGAUUAAAAGACACCGAAGAGAUAUAUUAUUUGGAGCUGAGCAAGGAAGCAUUUCGUAAAUAUGAGGAAUAUUUCGAACGAAUGAUGUUGCUUAAUUCGACGGUUUGGUCGUGUGCUUUGACUUCUAGGCCGAAUUUAACGUUUUCGGAAGCUAUUGAAUGUGAAAAAAAGGCACGCAAAAUCCUCCGAACCAUGAAUGUUGAACUAAAGGCUCCGAUCGUAAUCAUUGCAAAUGCAACAAAAUGUUCCAGUAUCGCUGAAAUGGUGGAUGAAGUGUUCAACUUUAUGAACGUGCGCUAUUUCAAGGAAGAGAUCUGCUACGCACUCGAAACCACCGCCGAUGGACAGAAGAUACAACGCGAAGUUCAAGUGUUAUCCGUUAUCGGUUCAAAAACAACUCACGACCCGGAUAAAAUUAAAUAUCGAGUCAAACGAGUGGAUACAAAUAAAACGACGGCAUUGUUCACAGUUACCAAUGAUGAAAUACAUCGCAAGCGAACGGUCUUGUCCAAGGAAAAAUUGAAAUUAUUUCUGAAACAGUGUGUGGAAGCCAGUGAAACGGGUCAGUUGAAAAUUAAGGACGAUGUCUUUAAGAAGCAGGUCACUGACGCUGGCAUUGAGGGUUUCGCUGACAUAUUCCCGGGACCGCCGCCACAGUUUGAAAUGUCGAAGGGAUUGGCGACGAGAAUUGAACGUGUGACCAAGGGUAAUAGUAAACAAAAGAAGGCGAACGGAAAGGAUGGCAAACAGACGUCCAUUUCAAAGUAUCUCACAAAAACGGACGGUAAGCAAACGGCUGAAUCGAAAGAAACGAAAGCGAAGCGGGAGCAGGAACAGUUGAGACUUAAGGCCGAAGCUGAACGAAAGGCCGAAUUGGAGAAACAACAAGCUGAGGAAAACAAACGUAAACGUGUGGAAAUGCAACAGAUGGCCAUGUCUACUUACCAUUCCUUCAAUCAAAUCAAGGACGAUUUAGAGCUGCGCGAUCAAAAACGAAUCAUACCAUCGAAACCGGUCAAAACUCUCAUUCCAGUCACAUACUUUGGCGACGCAUUAAUGGUUCUCGAGUUUAUUUAUUCGUUUGCCGAUCGACUCGAGGACAAAGACAAAUUUCCAAAAGGAUACAGUCUGGAUUUACUGGAACGGUCAUUACUGUGCCGCGAAGUAGCAGGACCGCUAAGUGAUAUUAUUCAAGUAUUAAUGAGCACACUGUUUGCAUUGCAAAUAGAAGAAGCAAAUGAAGUCGAAAUAAGUUUCGUCUAUGACAAACCCACCGAGGUCGACGAACCGGUGGGCAUAGCUAUCAGCGAAGCCACGAAGGCAGCAAAUUGGAUAUCAACAUAUUUAAUAAUGGGCAUUAACGAGCUGCCGAUGGACGCAACAACGGUAUCAGAAGUGCUGCGGAUGCAUUUGCUUAUGUCUGGCGCAAGUGUAAAUGAAACGGCAACAAAGUGGCGAUUUGCACAUAGAGGUGGCUAUGCGAACGAGGACGAUCCAGGUCUAACGUUACGACUGCGAAAGCCUCACAUUAUACGCGCACUUAGCCAUCACAGUGUCUACGAACUCCCUCUUAUCGAUAUUCUGAGCAUCCUGAAAUGUUUGGUCGACCAAAUUUUAACUUAUUCAACGGUCCGCGAUACGGUUGAAGAGCGUCUGGAAAAGUCGUCUAAAGCAAGAACUGGAUUGAAGACAUUGUACAGCAACGAACGAAAGAAUAAAGCCAAUUUGAUAGCGGCGAAGAAACGUCUCGUCGAGAAUACAAAGAAGUCCAUUGAGGAGUGCGAGGCAUCCGAUAAAACGGCUGAUGAGAAGACCAAAUUCAAGGACGAUGCGAAUCGAGCGUUAGAAAAGGAAACAAAAGUACUGGAAGCCAAUUACGAACGAGAGAAGAAGGGUUUCGAAAAAUCGAUAGAAACACUGAAGCAGGACGUAUUCCAAUUUCAACAGUGUUUGGGUAGCGAUCGCGCCUAUCGUAUGUACUGGUUGUUCGAAUCGUUGCCGGGUCUGUUUAUUGAACAUCAGCCGUUUGGGGGACAGUGUUUUGAAAAUCCGGUGGAAAAUAUUCAUGAGCUGGCUAACUGUGCCUCAGCCGAUCGAUUUAGUGUGGUCAAGACCAUGGUAUCCAACCAGUAUUAUGGGAACGACAAAGAAAACGAAAUCGACAAUUAUCUGACGAAGAAGAAAAACGGCACCAAUGUGAAAGUGGCGGACGACCCCAGUAUUAUAAAAAAUGAACCAGUGAAAUGGAGUCAAGCGGAUCUGCUCAUGUGUACCGGCGAUUCGUCAACUUGUCCUGUGCAUCCGAAAUUCGAUUCGAAACGAUCCAUAUGGUCGUUCCUGCACACAGAAGAGGAACUUAAUGCGUUGAUCGAAUCAUUGAAUCCGAAAGGCAUUCGGGAGAAAGGGCUGCGCGACAAUUUGGAGUCGGAGAAGGAGCUCAUUUUGAACCAUAUCAAAGAUUGCCCAUUCGAUAAAUUACAAAUUGAUCCAGUCGCAAAGGACGGUCUGAUAGAGGACCUGCAAAACAUGAAGACGUACAAGAAUGCCAACAUGAAUUUUCCGAAGGGAACGGAGAUUACGCUAAUCGUCGAGGCUAAAUUGGUUGAAGCCAUUCUGGAAAUGGAGAUGAAUGUACAAACAGGACAUUUGGGCUCGAUAAAAGUAAAGGAUCGUCUUGCUUGGCGAGAUGCGUUGGAGAAAUUCGAGUAUGACAAACAGUGCGAUGAAUUGGUCUGGGGACCAGACGAUCAAUUUCAUGAAGGCAAAAAAAUGUUGAACGGAACGAGCGAAACACCGGAUAGUACUACGAAAAAAAUUGUUUUCGAUGAUCUCACCUCAUUAUUGGGCAAUACCACAGAUAUCGAUCUGGAUGCUAGCAUAGACGAUUGUGUAUCUGUGCACACAUCGUCGCAGAUGCAGGCUAAAGUCCAUGGAUAUGCGUCAGCUUUGCUGCAAAUAGCUCUGGGCGUUGAACCAGUGUUUUUGAAGCCACCGUUCGGUUACCUGAAAGAACUAAAAGACAAGCAACAGCAACAGCAAGUAUUGAAAACAGGACGUCAGAAUCUGGAAAUGUGGUGCGUGUCGCUGAUGAAAGCUACCAGCUUCUCACAGGUGUUUCUACAGUACAACAUUUUACAUGAUUCUGUUAAAUGGCACAAAUCUUCGUUGAACGCGACCUGCAUAUUUUGCCGACGACGAUCCGAACCGGACAAAAUGUUAUUGUGCGACGGUUGCAAUGCUGGCAAACACUUGUUUUGCUUCAAGCCGAAGUUGACGAAAGUGCCCGAAGAAGAUUGGUUUUGCGAGAAAUGCAAACCUCCAGAGAAAAAGGCGGAAAAGAAAAGUAAAGCUGCAAAUAAACGAAAAAUCUUUAAGGAUGACAGUGAUGACAGUCACCUGACUUCAAGCGAAAGUGAAGACGAUGACGACGAGGAAGGAGCCUUUUACAGACUCUUAACACCUUCAGAUGGCGAAGAUCAAGGAACCUGUACAGCGUGCAACAAACCGGGCCUCGUACUACAAUCAUGUGAAACAUGCUAUCGCGAAGUUCAUUUGGCGUGCGCUAAGCCUCCACUGAAGAUCCGAUCAAAGAAAUGGCAUUGUCAUUUGUGCAAGGGUAAGAGUGACUUCAAGCAACUGAAAGCAGAAGCAACUCGCAACAAAUCGAAAACGAAAAAGCGGAAACUGGAGUCAGACAAUCCCACCGAUUCUGAUGACAGCGACGAAGCGAUUGCGGUUAAAGUGCGUCGUCUCGAAAAGAAAAAGGAUCCGGACGAUGAAAUACCCGAAAAAGAAGCGAAAACCGAGAACGGCAGAGGUCGUCGGAGCUCGCGUCGCACUCUCGAACCAGAACCGACCGAAUCAUCUAACUCACGGCGCAACUCUCGCCGUAUCGAGGAAGAUGAUUCGACAAAGACAAAUGGUACAACCAGGCGAUCACGACGCGCUGGCGAUGACCUACUAUUAGACAAUGUUUUAUUGUACGGUCUGCUGACCGACAUCAAAAAUCACAAGGACUCUUGGCCAUUUGAUCGACCCGUCAACAAAGCCGAAGUGCCUGAUUAUUACAAUGUCAUUCAACGGCCGAUGGACUUUGCUAAAAUUAAAUCGAAAUUGAACUUGGGCGAAUAUUCGUCCAACUAUGACUUCAUGAGCGACAUUCAAUUAGUCUUCACCAAUUGUGAUAUGUACAAUACGAGUGGAUCUGAGAUUUACCAGUCUGGAGUUAAUUUGGAGAAAUUUAUUCAAAAGCGUUGUGCAGAACUAAAUUUACCAUUCAGCCGUAGCGAUAUGAUAUCGGAUGCCAGUGAGCCGAGACGUAAGAGUAAAAAAACUUAAAA